GCAAACAGAAGACAAAUCUCGUGUUCUUGGGAUCCCAAAGGUUUGAAACUUUCAUGGAUUGGCUUCUUCUUCGUCUUCUUCCCCCACGCUUCCUCUCUCUCCCUCGUAAUCUGUAACCCUACCAGCUCAAAUCAAAUGGCCGAAGACGACGAUUUAUACUAUCAGCAACACCUGAUUGAGCCUAUGGAUCCCGUUUCGUCAAUGGUUGUCAUCAGAGAAUCGCCAAUUUUCGCCAAGGACGACCGUCUCGUCUUCCCGCCGGUCAACCACGAGAAUCUCCAGCUCGCUUCUUCCGCCUCCGAAUUCGAUAAUCCAUACCUCGAAUCUCCAUCGUCGGAAUCCGAAUCCCCGUCAUCUUCCUCGAGAGGCUCUGCUUCGUCUUCUUCUUUCUCCUUGUCUCCUUCCGAUUCAGACGGACAACCGCCGCUCUCUCCGUGUGAGUUUUAUCAGAAGCUUCCGUCGGAAACAACCGAAGAAAAAUGCAGCGAAUCUCCGCCGUCCGAUACGGAUGGACAAUCGCCGCCGUUGACAGGUUUGAAACGAGGCGGAGAGUCUCCGCCUCCGAGGAAAGUCUUGUACCGUGAAGCUGAUGAUGUGCUCCGACAUUGGUGGGAGCUUCUUCUCGUACGAGCAUACUCCAAGAUUAAAAAUUUGAUGACAUGGUUCUCAACGACUCUCCGACCGUUUUAUCCUGUCCUUGCCAUCGCGAUUUGGUGGUGGAUGCUUCGUCGGCGACGUGUUAGUGGAGAAAGCAGAGAUCUUCUUCGAGGUGCAAUCAAAGAGAGAGACGAGAGGAUAGUUCAGCUUUUGCAUCAGAUUGCUCAAAUGAAUGAGUUACUGAUAAAACACCACAAGGAGAUCGUAUCGAGAAGAUGAUGAUUCUAAACUCUUUUAGCUUUGCUUAAUUCUUUUGUUUCUUGUUUAUAUUCUUUCACAACUCACUCUGUUUCUGUCAAUUUCUUUACAUUUCAAUCUCUCUAAAUAAAGACAAAUGGAGAUGUUUUAUGGUUCC